AUGGAGCUUUAUGACCAUGAUUUCUUGGAGGAAUCAAUGGCUCUAAGAAGAGAACCAUGGGAUACCAAUCCAUGCUCACAAGAAAACCAGUUUUCCUCUUAUAGUUUUGAUUGUUUAGAUCAAAACUAUCAAGCUCUUCCUCCAAAUUCUUUCUCUUUCCAAGAAGCCCCCCAGAGUUACAACAACGACUACACCUUCAAUGAAAUCUAUAGUUACUUGCUUGAUGAAUUUUCUGCACCCCAAAUUGUAGAUUCAGCUUAUAACACCCUUGAUACUUCACAUAACACCCCUCCAUUUGUGGGUCAUGAAGAUUAUCCAUUGUCCAUGAUGGAAGAUGAAGAUCCGGGUUUGCUUGGGGAAGAGCUUCAUUCUUUGGACCUUCAAACCACAUGCAAAUUGGAGCCAAGCCAUUCUCCUGAAAUGCCUGUUUUCAACACAGAUUCAUGUGUGGAAAGAAAGAAUAGAGCGAAGAAGCUUCAGGGGCAGCCUUCCAAGAACCUAAUGGCAGAGAGGAGAAGAAGGAAGAGAUUAAACGACAGGCUCUCCAUGCUAAGAUCAAUUGUCCCAAAGAUAAGUAAGAUGGACAGAACAGCUAUACUUGGAGACACUAUCGAUUAUAUGAAAGAGCUCUUGGAAAAGAUUAACAACUUGAAGCAAGAAAUAGAAGUAGAUUCCAACAUGGCUAGCAUUUUCAAGGAUGUAAAUCCAAACGAAAUCGUAGUCAGAAAUUCUCCAAAGUUUGAUGUGGAGAGGAGAAAUGUCAAUAAUACAAGGGUGGAGAUAUGCUGUGCAGGGAAGCCAGGCUUGUUACUGUCUACAGUAAACACAUUGGAAACAUUAGGUCUCGAGAUCCAACAAUGCGUUAUUAGCUGUUUCAAUGAUUUCACAGUGCAAGCUUCUUGCUCAGAGCAGAAGACAAUUCUGAGUUCCGAAGAUAUAAAGCAAGCACUAUUUAGAAGUGCAGGAUAUGGAGGAAGAUGUUUGUGA